UCGGGUUUUGUUUUUGUGAGUAAUUGUGUAGUGAUUUUUUUGUACAUUCUGCAUUCAAGAAGAGGAAUGCCAAGUGACUGUCGAGACUGUUUGGGAAUUCGUUUUCGAAUUAAUACCCUGCACCAAACGUGGAAGUGGCUGCAUCAGACAAUCGCACUUCACGAAUAUUUGAUCUCCCUCUCGUCGGCUGAUACUGACGCCUGUUGCUCUAAGCACUAGGUUAUAACAUUCUAUGGACAAUUUGAACUGUUAUUAGUCAAUUUAUUUAGGUAAUAAAUAAUAAUUAAGUAAUUAACUUUUAAUAAAGUGUGGUUAUAAAGUUCAUACAGAAAAGUAUCCGUUUGAGAACUCAUUAUCUAAUUCCUAAAA